AGCUCCCAUCAGCUAUGGUCCAUCACCAGCAGCUCAUUUCUGAAAUAAACACCCGCCAGGAAUGACCUGGCUAGCUGAGAGCAGACUGGGAGCAUGGAGGCUGUUCGGGUUUACACACACUAACCGGGACCGCAGUGGUGCAGCGGAGCGCGGUAAGAGUGAGGGGCUUGCGUCACUGAUGCCAGGUGCAGGCUGUAGCUGAGAGCACUCAGGAUGAGUGGAGCUGGAGACCACACAGACAUCCUGUCAGUGGCAGAUGUGGUCAGAGACAGAUGGAAAGUGGCAAGGAAGAUAGGUGGUGGUGGGUUUGGGGAGAUCUACGAGGUUUUGGAUCAGUUGAGCCAGGCCACCGUCGCCUUGAAGGUGGAGUCUGCUCAGCAACCCAAACAGGUGCUGAAGAUGGAGGUAGCUGUCCUGAAGAAGCUGCAGGGCAAAGACCAUGUGUGUCGCUUUGUGGGCUGCGGCAGAAACGAUCGCUUCAACUACGUGGUGAUGGAACUCCAGGGGAGGAAUCUGGCAGAUUUGCGCAGAACCAUGACCCGCGGAACCUUUUCUGUCUCCACAACUUUAAGACUUGGCAAGCAGAUUUUAGAGUCCAUUGAAAGCAUCCAUUCUGUGGGCUUCCUCCACCGUGACAUUAAACCGUCUAACUUUGCAAUGGGAAGACUAGCCAGUACCUGCAGAUGCUGCUAUAUGCUUGACUUCGGUUUAGCCCGUCAGUUUACUAACUCCAGCCAGGAAGUCCGUCCACCUCGUCCUGUGGCUGGCUUUAGAGGAACUGUGCGAUAUGCGUCAAUCAAUGCUCAUAAAAAUAAGGAAAUGGGUCGUCAUGAUGACCUGUGGUCCCUCUUCUACAUGCUGGUUGAAUUCAUGGUUGGUCAACUUCCCUGGAGGAAAAUCAAAGAUAAGGAACAAGUAGGAAACCUAAAAGAGACAUACGACCACCGACUCAUGCUUAAGCACCUUCCCUCUGAGUUUAGCAUUUUCCUGGAUCACGUUUUGACUUUGGACUACUUCACUAAGCCUGACUAUCAGCUCCUGAUGUCAGUGUUUGAGAAUGCCAUGAAAAGCCACAAUGUGCUGGAGAAUGACCCUUACGACUGGGAGAAGUGUGAUUCGGAGGAUAUGCUGACCAUCACUGCCGCAGCAACCACCGCUCAGCAGCUCACUCGUCUCACACCAGCAUAUUUGGGCAUGGCCAAUGCUUCAGUGCUGCCAUGCGAGCUGCAGAGGGAGAACACUGAGGAUGUCCUGCAAGGGGAGCGCCUCAGUGAUGCUGACAACUGCCCCCCGAUCCCUACGCCGACCACGCCCGGCGCAGAUGUAUGGGAAGAGAUGGACCGUAACUGCAACCAUAAACAUGCCCAGCCGAUGAUCAGGAAGGUGGUGAGCGAGGAUGAGCACAGUCAGAACCAGGGGAACCAGAGUCCCAACACUGGCUCCAUACAGAGCUCUCCCAGACGGGUGCGAUCAGAGACCAUGUUCUUGGAACGGGCUGCACCGCUUCUCCGGAGGAUAAGACACAGUCAAAGCUUGGCAUUUGAAAAGAGACUCGCACCUGAACCCAAGCCCACCAUCGAACGCUUCCUCGAGGCCUACCUGGGCAAACAGCGUCCUCUCCUCUCUCAGGUCGGGGAGAAAUCCAUUCCUGAGAGGGGACACGGGCAGCAGACGCCCCCCUGCAAUGAGGAGUACUCUGGCACGGCGACUCCUGACCCAGAGGAAGGCGCAGCAAGCAGCGGUUUUGUUGCUGUGAAUCUCAGUCCCGUACCGCAGGAGGGAGACUCUCAGGAGUGGGUGAUGCUGGAGCUGGAGCAAGGCAGUGGUUCUGGAGCCACAAAGCCUCUGGCAGAAGCCCUUCACGAGGACAAGCCGGGGUCCCACACACCUGCUGAGACCGAGAACUCUUCUGAGCCACAGGAUGGCCAGUCUCCGGCAGCGCCGAGCAGCCCUGUCCUGUCUCAGAUGAGCAUGCCCGGCACAUGGUUGCUGGGCCACAGGAGGCUGCCAGGAAUGCUGGGACAAAUGCCCUCAGUCAUGAUGGGAAGAUCCCAGAUGGACCAGUCUUCCAGCUGUGCGCCACAGUCUCCUGUACAGGAGAAGAGUGCUGCAAUACCACUAGAGGCCCCAUCUGAUAAAUCUGAUGAACCUCCUGGGGAACUCUCAAAGUAUGGAGGGAAGUUGGAGUUAGCUCCAGUGCCAAGCCCAGCCAAGGGCCUCACUUCUCAUCUGACCAACGACAGAGACCCAGAGAGUGAUUCUGGUCUGCCUGAUCGUUCCUCAGAGCCGAACCAGCAGCCCCAAGCUGACACAGCCGGAGGCGCCAUGGAGAGCACCGUCACCGUCUCGUCCUCUCCGCCCCCAGCUCUGCUCAGGCGAAGAGACUCUCCCUCGUCCCCAAGAUUGAGCCGAAUCCCUGUAAGAGAACCCGGCGCUCCGCUGGACUCUCCAAGCAGGGACAUAGCCAUGGAGAGGCGUCAUCGCUGGAGCAGCCCGGUCCCUGGCUCCCCCACCCACUCCCCGUCCCCGUCGCUGUCCUGUGACAACCUGCCUUGCGCUUUGCCGAGAGACAGACUCUCCUCGGAGCGAGAAGACCUUCUUUCUCUGUCCUCCUCAUCAGGUAGCAAAAGUAAGAUCCCGCGACCUGUCAGCGCCACCUUUAUACCCGAGCAACUGACCAGCAGGUUUCUGCCUCGACCACCUCCGGGGAAACCACCCAUCCGCCCAUGUGUGGACAACAGACGGCGGCGGCUAAGAGUACGUGCCAGCAGCACUAGUGACGCAGACUUCCUGGCCAGUCUGACCCAGCUGAUGCAGGACCGCAGCGGGAUGCUCUUCAGCCCUCCUCCUCGUCCUCGCAGCACCUCCUCCUCCCUGCAGCGCUCGCUGAGCUCAUCCCCCUCCCGCCAGGAGCUCCGCGAGGCCGUGGCGCUCCCGGGACGCAGCCGCUCUCCAUCCAGCUUCUCCGGGUCCCCUCCUCCUCGGCACGCUCACUCACAAGACAGAUCCGCCACGCAGGGUCAGUGGGGCCACGGCUCCAGGGGAAGGGGCCUGAUCCACGAGGGGAAAGGUGCAGGCAAAGUGGGACGAUGACUGUAUUUGACACAAGUGACUGAUCCGGGCGGUGCAACUGUAGCGAGAGGCUGUCUCACAUCCAGUCCCUGAUAGCAUGUGUAAAUACGGUAUUUACUCAAGGGAAUGUACUGUAUGUAAUGUAAAAUGUAUGAUAAAUUGUAUUUAUUUAUUUAUUCAUUUGUUGGAUGUGUAUCUCAAAAUACUUGACAAUGUGGCUUGAUGCCUGCAGUUGAAACUAAAAGGUUGGGGAAACCUUGAGAUUGCCAACUCUUACCUCGCAUUUCUCUCCUCUCUUAACACUCCAUGUAGGCCUAAUAUGAGACCAAAAAGACAGUGUUUAAUACUUGAGGGAUGUAAAAAAUAUGAUGCUAACUGUAGAUAUGUACCAUUAGGAAAAUGGUAUACACUAAUAGAAACCAUGUACUCGCUUUAAGAACACUUAAUAGUAAAUAACACUUCAAGCAGUAUACCAACAUCAGCAUUCAUGAACAAACCAGGGCAUGCAGUCCCAUGUUGACCUCAUUUCUGUCAAACUGCUAGAUGAAUUAUAGUAUGUAUCAAUGACUUGCUCAUUUUGGCAUAUCACAGUGUAGUAGUGUGCGUUUUCUUUGCUAGAAAAUACUUGUCAUGCAAAAGGAAUCCGCGUAUUAGAAUGUACAUGUAAGUGCACUCAUACUUAAGUAUUGUACAAGUGCAUGAGUAUCAUUGCAAUUAUUAUUUUUUUUAUUCAUUUGUACAAUCAGCUAAAACAUCUGUAUUUUUAUUGAACUGCUUCUGAUCCAAAUACAUCAUUAUGUAGACCAG